AUGGCUGCGGCUGUGGCCUUGGGCACAAACCCCGGCGCAGCGAGUACCGUUCCAAGUCUAAGUGGAUAUACUGGCUCACUUGCAUUCGUUCCCGACGAGCCAGAUUUCACUUUCAAGUAUACCACGAAUAAGCCAAGUAAUGGCUACAACUGGAUUGGUAUCUGGAAAACCGAUGGUCCAGAUGAUGGACACUACCACUCUAAACACAUAAACUAUAAAUAUGCUCCUGGGACAGAAGGAUCGGUGACGAUUGAUCUCUAUGGUCAACCGCCCGGCACUUACAAGGCCUACUUUCUCGCUUACGAUGGAUACGAAUUAAUCACGGAUCCUAUUGAAUUUAGUAUCACACCUGGUACUGGCUCACUUGCAUACGCUCCCGACAAACUACGUUACACUUUUGACUAUACCUCGAAUCACGAAAAUAGAGGUUACAACUGGAUUGGUAUCUGGGGAGCUGAAGGUGGUCCGUCUAAUGGAAAUAAAAACUCUGGAGCAAUAGCCUGGAAAUACGCUCCUGGGAGAAAAGGAUCGCUGCAGUUUGAUUUCUCCCGUCUCCAGCACGGCACCUACAAGGCCUACUUUCUCGCUUUUGAUGGAUAUGGGUGGAUCGCGGAUCCUAUUGAAUUUACUGUCCUUGCAUUUCUUAUCGAGGGCUUUACUACGCAGAAUGCAAGGCAAGGUGAUCUCUUUGAGGCUAAAAUUGGAGGCUUGCUCGUUGGCCCUGACAACAGCCUGACGAAGUUGGCCAUUGAUUCUGCAACCCCUGGCUGGGUGUCUCUCUCAGAGGACGGUACUCUGAGAGGUACCCCUAACACCAGCGGCAUCGCCAAGUUCAACGUCAUAGCUGCCUCUACUGACGGCACCAAGCAUCGACUAGCCGUCACGAUACCCGUUAUGGCUUCCGGGACUCCCCUCGUCGACAAUUUAAAGGUCCUCUCCUUUAACAUCUGGCUAAGCGGCCAGAAGGUCAAUGACUACCACCGCAAGCAAAUCAACGCCAUAGCCUCUAGCGGCGCAGACAUUGUCGGCAUGCAGGAGUGUUACGAGGAUACUGCUCCCCGCUUGGCCAAAGCCCUCGGCUGGUACGAAUGGCACGACGAUUAUAGAAACUUCGGGGAGAAAGUAAGACACUUCUUUCUUGGGAUAAACGGAUGGAAUGGAAACCAGUAUUAUGAUGUGUGCAUACUUUCGCGCUACCCCAUUGUUGAGCGUUUGUACGACAGGACAUUUUACGCUGCUGCGUGCGGAGUCCGCAUCGCUCUUGAUGGCGACGACAGCCAGGUUACCAUGUUCAAUGCGCACUUGGGCUAUGACCCCUAUGGUCCAGAAGACUUCUGCAAGAAGGGGAAGACCAAGGAUGAAGUUACGCAGCGCGAGGCUGACUCCCAGCGCACCCCAGAAAUUCAUGAGGUUGUGGACAAGAUAAAGCCCCAAAUCGCCAACUACAGGGAGAUCCCCGUCAUACUGACUGGUGAUUUCAACGCCCCGUCUCACUUAGACUGGACCAGUGCCACGGCUAAUCAGCAUUGCGGAGUUGGCGCAUACAACUGGCCCACUUCGAUCUACCCUACUCAAGCAGGUCUCAUGUGUUACGAACCAACAAGAGCAAGAGCGGGCAAGGCAGAAUAA